AUGAAGGCAAAGACGCCCACCACAGCGCCUACCAAUGGCUUAGCUUCAGUCCUUCCUUCCAACCCGGAACCGUGGUGGAAAACACCCCACCUGCUAUCAUUGAACCUCUACAUAGCCAGCUUAAUCCUAUUCUCCGGAACCAUGGGCUACGACAUCUCACUAAUGAACAGCCUCCAAUCCCUACCCCAAUGGCAAACCUUCAUGUCCAAUCCAACAGGAAUCUGGCUAGGCUUUAUAAACGCCCUCCAAAACAUCGGCAGCAUCCUGUUCCUGCCAAUACAAGCCUGGUCCGCAAACCGCUUCGGCCGCAAACCCACCAUCCUCGUAGGAUACAUCUUCCUGGCCCUAGGCGUGGGAAUUCAAGCCGGCGCAAGCAACCCUGACAUGUUCAUCUAUUCCCGACUUCUGGUCGGUGUUGCCGGUGCAUGGUUCCAGUCUGGCGUUAUUCUUGUUACGGAGAUUGCAUACCCGACGCAUCGUUCGCUGGUCACUGCUAUCUACAUGUGCCAGUAUUACAUGGGCUCUUCGCUGUCCGCGUGGAUCUCAUUCGGGACGAGAAAUAUGGCCGGGAAUUGGGCAUGGCGGCUGCCGGUUCUGAUGCAGGUUGCACUGCCUUUGCUGGCGCUGCCGGGGACAUUGUUUGUAGCUGAGUCGCCGCGUUGGCUGAUUAAGCAAGGGAGGGUUGAGGAAGCUAGGGAUAUUUUGGUGCGGUUUCAUGCUGGUGGCGACGAGGCUUCGGAGUUGGUUGUUUUUGAGAUUGAGGAGAUUAGCCAGGGGUUGCUUUUGGAAGAGCUGGCUCAGGCUGAGUCACGCUGGAUUGAUUGCGUUACCACGCCUGGGAAUCGGUAUCGAUUGUUUUUGAGUGUUUCGCUGGGUAUUUUUGCGCAGUGGAAUGGCGGCGGAGUGGUCUCCUACUAUCUGACUCUCAUUCUCGAAACAAUUGGCAUAACCUCGACUACAGACCAAACACUCAUAAACGGAUUCCUCCAACUCUGGAAUUUGAUAAUGAGUGUAGUCGGCGCGUGUCUAGUUGAGCGCGCAGGCCGACGUGCCCUUUUUCUCGCGUCGACAAUUAUAAUGCUGAUCAGCUACAUCUUUAUCACAGCGCUCUCGGGCAGCUUCACCACUACCAAGACUGGUUCUGUUGGGACAGCCGUCAUACCAUUCCUGUUCAUCUACUACGCCGGCUAUGACAUUGCCUUCACGCCUCUGCUAUUAGCGUAUCCAGCUGAGAUCUGGACGUUCUCGAUGCGCGCAAAGGGCGUUGCUAUCUCGAUGGGCUCGAAUUAUCUGGCGUUGGCUUUCAAUCAGCUUAUCAACCCCAUUGCAUUUGAGAGUAUUUCUUGGAAGUAUUAUUUUGUGUUUUUGGGUGUUUUGCUCUUCAUUUUGGUUGUUGUUUGGAAAGCUUAUCCUGAGACUAAAGGGAGAUCGCUUGAGGAGAUUGCAGUUAUCUUCGAUGGUGAAAGGGCGCGUGUGGUUGUCUCUGAUAAAGUUGUGGAUGAGAAACCAACGGGGAGGAUUGAACAUAAAGAGAGUGUAUGA